AUGGUUGCACCCUCCAAUUCUUCGGCUGUGGCAGUUUAUUGUGCUGCGUCACUUGGGAAGCAGAAUGCCUUCCAGCUAGCUGCGCUAUCAUUGGGCCAUGCUCUGGCUGAGGCAAAUCGACCCCUUGUCUAUGGCGGUGGUAACAUGGGCCUCAUGGGCGUUGUCUCAGGUGCUGUCGCAGAUGAGGGCGGCCAAGUUACUGGCAUUAUCCCAUAUGCCAUACACGCCGCAGGCGGCGAAAAAGAUAAGGGCAAUGGUGUCGCAAAGACUGAAUCUGUUGCUGAAGUCCUCGACGAGGACCGACGAAGACAUAUAGAGACGAUUAUUGUUGACUCGAUGCACGAGCGCAAGAUCGAGAUGGCGAAGCGUGUUGGUGCUUUUGUGGGGUUGCCAGGAGGAUACGGCACUUUUGAAGAGAUUCUUGAAGUUAUAACUUGGAACCAACUCAACAUUCACAACAAACCCGUAAUAUUACUCAAUGUUCUGUCCUACUACAACCCCCUCCGUGAACUUAUCCGGAAUGGUGUGCGGGAGGGGUUUAUCCAGCCGCACAACGAGAAGCUAUGUGUCUUCGUCGACGGACCUACGGACCAUAAAGAUCAUGCAUCUUUCAACUGGGGGCAGGCCGCGCUGGAUGCAAUUGCUGCAUGGCGACAUGACCAAAUACAAACAUUGCCUUUUCACUGGACGAAAGACAUUGACACCAGCGCAAUGCCCAAUGGCAAAGCCAGCAUCAAAGACAUGGACGGAAUUUGCGGUGGAUUGCUUAGCCUACAAGGUAUCAAUGCGUGGUUGAAGAGGGUCUGGCAAGCUCACUCCCGUUCAUGUUGA